ACAUACAGAUAUUUUGUUGAAUAAUUUAUGUGAAGUUUUCAACUCAAAGUUGUUAGAUGCUCGAGACAAACCUAUAAUUACAUGUUUAAAAUAUAUUAGGGAAUACUUAAUGAAACGAAUUUGUAUUGUGCAAAAUAUGAUAGAUAAGUCUCAAGGGCCUCUUACCCCAACAGCCACAAAACUUUUAGAUGGAGUUAAGAAAGAUGCUUCUCAAUACACUUGCAUAUUUAAUGGUGCUGAGAAGACUCAAGUUACUGGGACAAUGGGGGAACAAUUUGUGGUUAAUUGGAGGGACAGGAACUGUAGUUGCAGGCAUACAGAGAUCACUGGGAUACCAUGCUCUCAUCUUGUUAGUGCCAUUUGGGAUAAGGUUGAGCAUGGGGCAAAAAAUGUCCCACCUCUUGAGGAGUGGGUACAUCCAUGUUAUAGGUUAAGCACAUGGAAUGAAAUGUACAAGUACAAAGUUCAACCAAUCAAUGGAAGAAGUAUGUGGCCAAAGUCAGAUUGCCCCACAACACUAACACCCCCCAAACAUACUAAACAGGUGGGGAGACCAAAAAAGAAGAGAAAGAGAGCUCAAACUGAAGAACCAAAUAAUCAAGGUAAAAGUUUGACCAGGAAGUUCCUUACAGUUACUUGUAGCAAAUGCAAGAACAAGGGUCACAACUCUAGGAGUUGCAAGGGACAAGGGGGACAAACUGAAGUUAGAAAUGUGGUGGCAGGAGGCAAGAAGCUUAGCAAGGCAAAGAAGCAGGGAGAUGGAAAAAAGGAGAAAUCCAAAAUGAAGGAGAAAACCAAACUUAAGGAUAAAUCCAAAAUGAAGGAAAAAGUUUGAUUUGUUGUCUUUUGUGUUGUUUGUUAUGGAACCUUAGAAAGGUCUUUUGUGUUGUUUGUUUUGGUACCUUAGAAAGGUCAGACUAAGUUGGUUAUUGUGUGUCUUUAUCUUUUGUUGGUAUUAUGGUUCACACAGGGUGCUAGACUAAGAUGGUUCUUUUGGUUAUGAUACAUUAGUCUGCAAGCUCUUUUGAUAUUUUUUUGGUAUUAUGACUUUGCACUUUAAGGUUAUGUAAUGAACUUUAUGACUAUGCAAAAGUUUGCAUUUUAUUUUUGAACAUUUCUAAUGUUGUUAUGGCUUUACAAUGGUUCACACAUUAUACUAUAA